GGGAGGUCCCCGCUGUCAGCGCAUCCGCGGAGGGGCGGCAGGUUCCGCACCUGCAGCCGCGGAGCGGAGCGAUGGGGAGCGGGGCGGGCGGCCCACGGGAAACCGCGCCGGGGCAGCAGAUCCGCGCUCUUUUCUACGCGCUGCCCCCCGGGGAGAGCUCCUUCCGCACGGUGGAGGAGGUGCCCGACUACGUGGAGAAGAGUAUUCCAUUCUUCAUUGCUUUUAUUGGGCUGGAGUUUGCUGUCAGCUGGGCUCAGAAGCGUAAACUGGCAGGUCGGAUCAAUGAUGGCAUCAGUUCUCUUUCUUUAGGUAUCCUGUCUCGACUGCCAGAUGUUUUAUUCAGAAGCAUUGACUUAAUUAGUUAUAUCUACAUAUGGAAUAACUACAGACUCUUUGAACUGCCCUGGGACUCGCCAUGGACGUGGUACUUGACGUUCCUGGGAGUAGACUUGGCGUACUACUUCUUUCAUCGCAUAAGCCAUGAGGUUAAUAUACUGUGGGCAGCGCACCAAGUACAUCAUAGUUCUGAAGAUUACAAUUUAUUCACAGCCUUGAGACAAUCUGUACUGCAGAAAUACACCUCCUGGAUUUUCAACUUGCCCAUGGCUCUUUUCAUCCCCCCUUCAGUGUUUGCUGUUCAUCUGCAGUUUAAUCUACUUUACCAGUUUUGGAUACAUACAGAGGUUGUCACCAAACUUGGGCCCCUGGAGUGGAUUCUUAAUACUCCCAGUCAUCACAGAGUUCAUCAUGGUAGAAAUCCUUACUGCAUUGACAAAAAUUAUGGUGGCACUCUCAUUAUCUGGGACAGGAUAUUUGGAACAUUUGAGGCAGAAGAUGCAAAAGUUGUAUAUGGCUUAACACAUCCAGUAAAUUCAUUUGAUCCCAUCAUGCUGCAGUUACGUCCCUUGGCUCAUAUUUGGAACACGUUUUGGGCCACACCUGGAUUCUGCAAUAAGCUUUCUGUCAUAUUCAAAGGGCCAGGCUGGGGACCAGGCAAACCUAGACUUGGCCUUCCUGAGGAAAUCCCAGUGAUCACUGGAAAAGAAGUUCCCUUCAAUCCAAGUGUACCAGCUUAUCUUAAUUGCUAUGCCGUUCUACAUUUUGCUGUGAUAAUGGACUUGUAUACUGGACUUCUUGGUUCUGUGACUAUGUUAUCACAGGGAACUAUUCUUCUGAGAAUUGGCUUUAUCAUUCUGUCCCUGACCUCUUUUGGACUACUUAUGGAGAACAGGCCCAAAGCAGACAUUUUGGAAAUCAUUCGCUGCUUAGUUUUUGUAGCUGUGUACAAAUUUGGGCACUUAAGGAGUCAAUUUACUUCCUUGGACUAUGCAUAUGAGGUCUUGUUUUCCCUCAGCGCUGCAUUCUGGGGAAUCCAAAUUAUGAAGCGGAUCACUUCAUCCAAAGAUAAACAUCACUGAAAGAGCAGAUCUAACAUCACUUUAAUUACGGAAACAACACUUUGGAAUAACCUUCGAAGUUCCUUGGAAUUAGUCAACCAUGAUUCUUACUGAAUCACAAUCAUUUUGCUUAUGAUAGGAGAGGUUUGUGAUUUCCUAUGAAGGUUUGAAAGAUUCAUUAGGACGUUUUUGUUUGAUUUUUAAAAAAAUAUUUAAUUUCCCCCCAAUUUAAAUAAAGUAUUAAUUCACAAUAUAUAUUUUUACAUUCAAAGGAUUACAAAGGCUUAGAAACCAUGUAAAACUAAUUGCAUUUUGCAGUGAUUUUGUUAAUAAUCCUAUGUGAAAACUAUUUUUUAGAAGAGGAAUAAUUAAAAUCAUAUCUGUUCUAACCUGGUAUAAAAUGACUGUCUUCCUAUCGAGGCUAAAUGUAAACAUAUGUGAAAUGUCAGUUUUUCCGUAAUGAUUGAAUUGCACCAGAAUCUCAAUGUCAUGCCCAAUUCGGUGUUCAUAACAUACAGCUACAUGUGGAUGAGUAGUCGAGGCAAGAAAAUGAUUAAAAACAGCAUGAUAAAAUAACUUGAACUAGUAUGAGUUGAAACAUCUUCAAAACAAUUGGCCAAUGUAUGUGUUGUAUAAUGCAGACAUGCAGUUUAGGCUAAAUUAUUUAAGGAGAACACCUGCAGUUGCCAAGUGUAGAUACUGAUCAAGCCCGUACUUCCACAUGGGUAUCCCAUUGACUAACAUUACUCACGUGACAAAAUAUUUGCAAGACUGGGCCCUUAACUUCUGGUAAUUUCCUGCUGGGGUGAUCUCAGGAGAGAUGCACGUCUUGUCUUUCAGGAGCUGUUGGAAAGAUGGUUUGUACUAAGAUAGGAAAAUUAAAUACAAAUGGUGAAGGGAGUCUCCAAACAGCAGGACUGGCAAAAAUACUGGAGCUGGGUUGUUUUUCUUUCCUCACACUCUUCCAACUUUUUCUUUGGCUCCAAGACUUUUAGAAGUGCUUAAAGUCAAGUAGCUAAAAAAUGUAGGCUGUCUUGCAUGCUUCAAACUAGUAAUAAUACCUGAAUUAAAAAAGGGGUUUAAGUUUGGGUUGGGUUUUUUUCCCAUUCCAUUUUCCUUGUUGAUGACGUGCUAACAGACAUCUCAGAUUGGAUAGAUAGCCUGCUUUUAAUUAACCCAUAUUUUCAAUCUCUAGCUGUAACAGAUGCCACUGCCUACAUAAUUGGAUGUUUCCAAU